AUGGACCCACAGCCUCCUCCACAAAGUCCGUCAAAUGCUGCGGCGGCCACUCGAGCCACCGCUCAGGCAUCUGCCGGCCCCACUGGAAGGAUAUCGCGCAGUCCCACUGCACCGGGCAGUCCUGGAACUACGACGCGCGGCAGAACGUCUCCGGCUGUUGUCGGAAGCCCCGAGAGAGCGACAGCCAGAACACCAACCGCACAGAGGUUACACGGAGCAGGUACGCCCAGCAGAGGAGGAGCGAGGACUGCCGGCAGUCCCGGAACUAGAACUCCCGCUGGGCUGGCUACUCCAACCGACAGCCCCAGAGUGAGGACACCCAGCCAACGAGCUACACCGAAUAGUCCCAGCUUCGGAACUCCAUCCGCUGCAACGGGCGGUCCCGGAACCAGAACACCAGCAUCUGCAGCUCAAAGUUCCAGAGGCAGAACCCCAGCUUCUGGAACGGGCAGUCCAGGGACCAGAAGUCGGAGCCGAGCGGCGCUGAGGGUCAGCCCAGGAGCGCGGACACCAAGCAGAGCGGACAUUCCAGUCAAGACCAAAACUAAGACACCCUCCCGAACGCCUGUGCCGGAUAGCCCCGGUCAGCUCGUUAGCAAGGUAGUGAAGCCUCCUGGAACUGCGGGACGACCUGCAAGCUCCAACAGAGAUGCAGCCAUUGCGGCUGUCGUCUUAGCGUCCGGGGCCCCCACGGCAUUCAUACCUGAUGGUAGUUCACCUCCGAGAGCCAGCUCGCCGCCCGUGAGGUUCAAGGAAGCCAAAGCCCCGAAUGUGAGAUUGGGGCCUCCACAGGCGUCGGCCACGAGCACCAGCGCCACCGAGACCACGGCCACAUUCGAAGCCACCGAAGGAAGGGGUACGGCUGGCACCACAUUGGGUGCGACCACGGGUGCUACCACGGGCGCGACCACCGCGGCCACAACGCACGAACCCGCGACGCUAGCCGACACCAGCGCCAGGAUGCCACGCUAUUCGUCGCCUCGACGCAAAGAGGCCGAGCGCCGGAGAUCGUUGGGCCAUCGGACGCUCGAGAAGCGUUCGGCCGAGCUCGAGGAGUCCAUGCGCCAGAAGUCCAAGGAGCCGAAGAGGACGGAGCGCUUCUCUUCGGCGCCUGCCGCCCCUCCGUCCCGCGACUUCACGCCCAGGUUCCUGUGCUGUCUGGCCGUGCUGGUGCUGGCCGUGAUCGUCGCCGUGGUGUUCGUCGGAAUCUACCUGAACAGCCGCCGCAACACCACGGCCGCCGCCCUGGGGGCCGCGCCCGAGCUCGAAGUGGCCUGCUACGGGGAGAACGCUCUCGCAGGAUGCCACAACGUCACCCUGUACGUGUGCAUUGCAAAGCUGCCGUAG